GACAAGUAAGUUAACAUUUUCCCCCUUGGGCAAUGUGUUGUUAUUGUUCAACAGCACUGCUGUCGUCAAAACAAAAAAUCAUUCAUUAUGUGUUACCGAGCAACAGUCGAGUAUAUAAACGCUCCAAUGGAGUCCUGACUAGUCACUCAGCCAACCAUCUCCAGUGAGACAAGAACUAAUUACAGUGGCAGUAUAAAACAAAUUAGAUUUCAAUCGAAGCAAAAGUUUCUCCAGUGCGGAUUAUAACCUACAUCACAGCCGACGUAAUUUGAAAAAAAAAAAAUGAAAUCGAUUCUAUUUUCGAUAGUGAUCCUGAUGAUGUGGAUCGAUCCUUCCGUCUGUAUCUGGGGUAGGCCUAAAGCUAAAUCCAGCAGCAACAAGGCCGUGAUGAGUAGUGGUGAGAUUCCGGCUGAGCACCGGUUGGGUAAGUCGUCGGACGACAUGUUCGUGAUGCUGGAUGAUCAGGUGGCUGCGGCGGAGUACGAAGGAUCGAUCGAUGGCGGUGAAACGCUCAUUUUCAACGGUACGACGGAAGAGGAGGAGCGACUCUUCAACAAAUUUCCGCUCCACGUUUUCCUGAAGAAGAAGCACCCGUUCGUGACUCUGUCCACCAUGACCAAGACGUCGACCGUCACGGCCGUCAUCACCUCGUCGACGGUGGGACUCUGCGCCCAGCUGGUCAACGUCACCGGCCCUUGCCGGUUGCGCAAAGGCCUCUGGGUUGACGAGCCUAUCGUCUUGUCGUUCGACGACGAAAUGGACUCGAUCGACGACACGUUAUUAUCGCCCAGCCAAACGUCAAAGAUGGAAACAACCGCAAUGCCGGAGCCCAUCGCUCAGAUUUCAGACGACAUCGCUGGCCGGAAUGAUGAGUCGCAAAUAUUAGACAACAAUCGGCGUAUUUCCGUCCGGUCGGGAUCGGUGAUCCAUUCGUCCAAGGACGACGAAGGAUCGAGGGACGAUUCCGAGGAAGGUCGAUUCGGAUUUUUCGGAUUGAAGAACAAAUUGAAGAAGAAAGUCAAAUUGGUGACGGUGGUGACGACGACGGCCGUGACCGUGACCAGCACUUCGACCUACUACAAAACGGUGAGCACCAAGUCGUUCUUCAUUCAAGUCUGCACGCCGUCGCCGUUCCCGUUCAGCGUCUGCGACGGCCGGAAGAAGCGACAAGUCGAAAUCGAGUCGCCAUCGCCAUCAAUCAAAAGUCAAAUUGAAAUCAUCGUUGCCACAAUCACGCCCUCCUGAUCUGGAAUUUAUAAUUUUUAUUAAUUUAUAUCUAUUUAAGUAUUUAUAUUCACAAUUUCUAUGUUUUUGUGAAUUUUGCUGCUCCAGAUAAUUUAUGUAUGAAAUUAAAAUAAACUCGGUUAUAUAUCUAUAAGAUGAAUUACAUUUGCAAAUUUCUGUAGUUAAGAAAAUGUGCAUAUUAAUAAACGAUAAUAACAUUUCAAAUACUACUGUCGACUGUGUACAUAAUAGACAACAAUUGUUUUAACAAUAAGAAUUUUUAUUUUGGGGGAUGAAUAAAACCAAAUUUAAUCAAGAUCGUCGUUUAAAAAUUGGACAUCCGGAUUUCUUUAUAGUUGUAGUCUAUGGCAAAUUGCGGGUGAAGUCGUAUCAGUUCAAUUGUGGAUGUCGAAAUUCGUGGUAUAGUCGGACAGUUCU